CCCCUACCUUUGGUUAUCUUCACAGUCUUCGAACAUUAGCAGCAGAUGAAAAUUACUUGAUACAACUCCCUCGAGAGAUUGGGAAUUGUAAGAAUGUAACUGUAAUGUCUCUGCGUUCCAAUAAACUAGAAUUUCUUCCGGAAGAAAUAGGACAGAUGCAGAAGUUGAGGGUUUUAAAUCUGAGUGACAACAGGCUGAAGAACUUACCCUUCACAUUCACCAAGUUGAAAGAGCUCGCAGCACUCUGGCUUUCAGACAAUCAGUCUAAAGCGCUUAUUCCUCUUCAGACCGAAGCACAUCCAGAAACAAAGCAGCGAGUGCUAACAAACUACAUGUUUCCCCAGCAACCCCGGAAUGAUGAUGAUUUCCCUUCUGACAGUGACAGCUUUAACCCUACCUUGUGGGAAGAACAGCGACAGCAAAGAAUGACAGUGGCCUUUGAAUUUGAAGACAAAAAGGAGGAAGAAGAAGGACCGGGGAAGGUUAAGGUUGAAAUAAAUCUGAAACGUUACCCUACACCAUACCCAGAAGAUCUGAAGAAUAUGGUCAAGUCUGUGCAAAAUCUUGUGGGCAAAACAACCCAUCCUGUAGCCAUUCCAAAAUCAACCCCUAUCAAAGCAAUAGAGCAUCCUGUUCCAGAUACAUAUGAACACAAAUGGCCGAUUGCACCUCAGGAGGUCCCUGUUGAGUUAUCCCAAUGCUCCAGGCAGGGACUGUAUUUCCAUGGCUCUCAAGCAUCCGAUAUCAUCAUUGAUAAGGAUUCAUAUGUCAAUUCCCCAAAUGAACUGCGAAUGGGAGAACUACGUCCACCUUUGAAUGAGCCUCCUUUGUAUCAGCCCAAGCUUGUCAUACUGAAUAAAGACAAAAAAGACUCAGUAGAAGAGGCAAGUGCUGAAAAGCUUCAUUCUGCAAACAACAGUGAAUCCUCAGGUAGUUACUCGGAGUACUCCCCCUCCCAGGGAUCAUCUGCAUCUUCAAACACACCGGGUAAAGUUAGUUCUUUACAGACUGCAACUAAAGACACAGUGAAUACCGCAAUGUGGGCGAACAGGUUGACACAAUCCUUCCCUCAGCCUAUUGAGACAAAGCCUUUACUCAGCCAAAGGGAUUCUGCCCCUGUGGGGAGUCUACAACAACGUACUGAUAGGCAUCCACUUGCUGAAACAUUUUCUGAUAGCUGGACUGAUGGUUCCCAUUAUGACAACACAGGGUUUGUUUCUGAAGAAGGUGCAUUGGAGGCAUCUAGUUCCAAGCCACAGCUGGGCCCCAAAUCAAGAAGUGGAUCUGGUCAUGGACGGAGGCCUCUGGUUAGACAAGAUAGGAUAGUUGGCAUUCCUCUAGAACUGGAACAACCUUCUCAUAUGAUGCCAGGUGCAAGAAAUACACCUGAUGCAGAAGUGCCUCCAAACCCUUGGCAAAAUUGGACAAGGACUCCUAGUCCAUUUGAAGAUAGGACAGCAUUUCCCUCAAAGCUGGACACCUCCCCAUCCAGUAGUCCUGUGUCCGAUAGGAGGGACAAUGAGCAAUUAGGCAAUGACAUACCAACUACAUUUUCACCAGCAGCUGCCUGGGGUUAUGAUUCCAGUAUUAGCAGAAGUCAUAGUAAUGUUUUUUCUCAACUCCAGUGCAGGCCAGAACCUAUAAAAAGUGCUAUGGUCAUCAGCAAAAGUACAGAGCGAUUGGCACCAAUGAUGAGAGAUGUGAAAGCCAGCAGGUUUAAAAAGUCUCAGAGUAUUGAUGAGAUAGACAUUGGAGCAUUUAAGGUGUACAAUAUACCACUGGAAAACUAUGGCUCUGGUAUGCAAACUCAAGGUCACAUGAGGACAGACAUGCCGAUGAUGCCAGAACAAGGAAUGUCACGCAGUCAGUCUGUUCCAAUGCUAGAUGAGGACCUGGAUGCCUAUGGAACAGGGAAAGGAUCACAACAGAAGGCUGCUGUGACAAAAAAGGUCUAUCAUUUUGACCAAAGUUUUAAUCCUCAAGGGGCAGUUGAAAUAAAGACUGACAGAAGAGUACCUGCACAGUUUCCACAGACUGCAGACUAUGGAACACAGCAGCUCAAAAAUAUUCCCAAGGAACUGGUUAGCCCAAGGCCUUAUAGAGGAUAUCCACCAGUGGAACAUAUGUUUUCAUUCUCUCAGCCUUCAGUUAAUGAGGAUUCCGUCCCUCCUCAGUUUUUAACCCACCGGCCUAGGUUAGGAUAUUUAAGAAGAGCAGAUUCACUAGCAAGUGCUACAGAGAUGGCAUUAUACAGAAGAGUCAGUGAACCACAGGAGCUGACACAAACAGAUCGGUAUCCUAGGACACCAAUUAGAGCAGCUCCACUAGAACACCAAAGUAGCAUCAUGGGGCCUGAAUCUCAGUUUCUUAAAAGGACUGGUAGGUAUGAAGAUGAUUAUUCAUCAUACCAGGAGAUGAAAAAUCAGACUGCAAACUAUCCAGCUAAAACUCUGACUCAGAGAAGGCCUCUGUCAGCAAGAAGCUAUAGUACAGAAAGUUAUGGGGCCUCUCAAGCCCGACCUGUUUCAGCUAGGCCCACAAUGACUGCACUGCUGGAGAAGAUACCAUCUGACUAUAAUCUUAGUAAUUAUGCUGAAAAGCCUAUAGAGAGCACUGAGGUGAAGAUGAGGCCUAUGCAACUUAAGGGAGAUGAGAGCUCUUCUAAAAUGCCAGUGGACUGGAGGCAGCAACUCCUUAGACAUAUUGAAGCAAAACGAUUAGAUCGGAAUGCUGCUCAUAAGCAAAAUACUGUUAACCUUGGCAUGCUGCACUCUGGGAAAUUUUCAUCAAUGCAUGCAGGCAGAAGCAUGACUUUAAACUUGCACAGUAACUCUCAGCUUGAACACCAAAAGAACCAAACGCUACCUCUUCAGCAAACUCCAUCACAGCAAAGCAGCAUUUUAGACAAUGGACAAGAAGACCUGUCUCCCAGCAGCCAAUGGAAUCCAUAUCCUCUUGGUCGAAGAGAUGUACCACCAGACAGCAUUAUUAAAAAGGCAGGUAGCCAUAUUCAAACUGUGAUGGGAACUGCUUCACAAAGCCUACAACAUCGAGCCCGUGAACAGCAACAACAACAGCAGCAGCAGUACGAAGGGGCCAUGAAUAAAGUAUCCAUUCAGCAGUACCAGUCUCCACUGCCCAUACCAAUUUCUUCAUCCAGCAUUUCUAGUCCAAGAGGAGCUCAGCCUGGAAGAAGUCUAAUACAAACUAAAGGACAGAGGAGCUUAGAUGGCUAUCAAGAACAGUUCUGUGUGAGAAUAGACAAGAACCCUGGCCUUGGUUUCAGUAUCAGUGGAGGAUUAAGUGGACAAGGAAAUCCAUUCAAGCCUUCUGAUAUGGGUAUAUUUGUUACUAGAGUUCAGCCUGAUGGACCUGCAGCAAACAUUCUGCAGCCAGGAGAUAAGAUUAUAAAGGCAAAUGGACACAGUUUUGUGCACAUGGAGCAUGAGAAGGCUGUAUCACUGCUGAAGAGUUUCCAGAACACAGUAGACCUGGUAAUCCAGCGAGAGAUUACAGCCUAGUUAUUUCUAAAAUUAGAGAAAAUGUAUUUAGGUUGAAACCCUCUCCAGUCAACCAUUUAUAACCAGGAAACAAUAUUUUGCCUAUUGCUGGACCAAUGGCAAGUAUUAGUGCCAAAUGUAUUAUAGAACAUGUUAGUAAUGAUUAUUUCAAAUGUUACUUACAUAAGAAUGAUGUUGAUGUGCUCAUGUAUGAGUUCUAAGUGUCAGCCUGAGGCUGUGCAUUGGUGCAAAGUUUGUUUUUUAUACAUAUACUUUGUUCUAAGAAUGUUUGUUUCAUAUAUAGUCUAGAACAUCGAAGCACAUGAAGCUGUUUUUGAAUUCUUUUCAUUGACACUGCCUCAAACUUGUAUAUGCCUUUUAUACAUGGAGCAAAAAGUUGUUUGUUAGCCUAUCCAUGGAAAGACUAUUGAAGAAAAUAAUUAUUUUCAUAAAGAGUAAUUUGAUAUUGAAAAGUAAGGUCUGUAUAUGUUUCUUUUAGAAUAUGUGUGCUGAAUACCCCCACAAUACACACACACACACACACACACAC